CUGGCUGCUCUGAAAAGCCAUCUUUGCAUUGUUCCCGGGUCCGCCUCGCCGCAGCCACCUCCGCCGCGCGCCUCCUCCUCCUCCUCCUCCUGCGCCGCCGCGGGCUCCGGCAGCUUUCUCGCCAGAGUCCCCAAACCUUCGCUUUCUCUCUCACUCGUUGCAUCGGACCACCGGCGUGCCCCACCAUGUCAGACGCGGCCGUGGACACCAGCUCCGAGAUCACCACCAAGGACUUAAAGGAGAAGAAGGAAGUUGUGGAGGAGGCAGAAAAUGGGAGAGACGCUCCUGCCAAUGGGAAUGCUAAUGAGGAAAAUGGAGAGCAGGAGGCUGACAAUGAAGUAGAUGAAGAAGAGGAAGAAGGUGGGGAAGAAGAGGAGGAGGAGGAGGAAGGUGAUGGUGAGGAAGAGGAUGGAGAUGAAGAUGAGGAGGCUGAGGCAGCCACGGGCAAACGGGCAGCUGAAGAUGAUGAGGAUGAUGAUGUUGAUACCAAGAAGCAGAAGACUGAUGAGGAUGACUAGACAGCAAAAAAGGAAAAGUUAAACUAAAAAAGGCCACCGUGACCUAUUCAACCCUCCACUUCCCGUCUCAGAAUCUAAACGUGGUCACCUUCGAGUAGAGGCCCGCCCGCCCGCCCACUUCGGGCAGCGCCACCCAAGCUCUCCACCACCCCACCAAAACCACAACGUGAAUUUGCAACAGGGGAGGAAAAAAACCAAAACUUCCAAGGCCCUGCUUUUUUUCUUAAAAGUACUUUAAAAAGGAAAAUUUGUUUGUAUUUUUUAUUUACAUUUUAUAUUUUUGUACAUAUUGUUAGGGGUCAGCCAUUUUUAAUGAUCUCGGAUGACCAAACCAGCCUUCAGAGCUUUCUCUGUCCUACUCUGACUUUACUUGUGGUGUGACCAUGUUCAUUAUGAUCUCAAAGGAGAAAGAAAACCUUGUAAAAAAAGCAAAAACAACAACAAAAAAAACAAUCUUAUUCCGAGCAUUCCAGUAACUUUUUUUGUGUAUGUACUUAGCUGUACUAUAAGUAGUUGGUUUGUAUGAGAUGGUUAAAAAGGCCAAAGAUAAAAGGUUUCUUUUUUUCCUUUUUUUGUCUAUGAAGUUGCUGUUUAUUUUUUUUGGCCUGUUUGAUGUAUGUGUGAAACAAUGUUGUCCAACAAUAAACCGGAAUUUUAUUUUGCUGAGUUGUUCUAACAAA